UUCUCUAACAAACAUAAGAACAAGGCUGAACAUGCAAGGAACCGAGAGUGAUCUGAACUACAAAGCGACGGAGCUCUGCCUCGGCUUGCCCGGCGGCGGCGGUGAAAACGAAGUGGAAAGUUCUCCAAAGACCACAGGGAAAAGAGGGUUCUUCAAGUCUGUCGAAAAUGAAGCUUCAUGCAACAAAGAUCCUUCAAAACAGCCAGCCAAGGCACAAGUGUUGGGUUGGCCACCAGUUCGAUCUUAUAGGAAGAACAUCAUGGCUAACCAGAAGAACAAGAGCGAAGAAUGUGAGAAAGCUGCCUUUGUGAAGGUCAGCAUGGAUGGUGCACCUUAUUUGCGUAAGGUGGAUCUGAAGAUGUACAAUAGUUACCAAAAGUUAUCUAAUGGCUUGGCUAAAAUGUUCGGUUUUUUCACCACGGGGAAUUAUGGAUCUCAAGGGAUGAUAGACUUCAUGAAUGAGAGCAAGUUGAUGAAUCUUCUCAACAGUUUUGAUUAUGUGCCAACCUAUGAGGAUAAAGAUGGCGACUGA